GGCCCCGCUCCGGUACCGGCCCCGCUGCCCGCGCCCCGCUCCGGUACCGGCUCCGCGCCCCGCCAUGAGCAGCUCCCAGUUCAACAAGGGCCCGUCCUACGGCCUCUCCGCCGAAGUCAAGAACCGGCUUGCCCAAAAGUAUGACCCACAGAAGGAGGUCGAGCUGCGGACAUGGAUCGAGAGCAUCACGGGGCAGCAGAUCGGGCCUGAUUUCCAGAAGGGGCUGAAGGACGGGGUGAUCCUCUGCGAGCUCAUGAACAAGCUGCAGCCCAACUCGGUGAGGAAGAUCAACCGCUCAGCUCAGAACUGGCACCAGCUCGAGAACCUCUCCAACUUCAUCAAGGCCAUGGCCAGCUAUGGCAUGAACCCCGUGGACCUCUUUGAAGCCAACGACCUUUUUGAGAGCGGGAACCUGACCCAGGUGCAGGUGUCGCUGCUGGCACUGGCGGGAAUGGCCAAGACAAAGGGGCUGCAGAGCGGAGUGGACAUCGGCGUGAAGUACUCGGAGAAGCAGCAGAGGAAUUUUGACGAGGCCAAGAUGAAGGCUGGGCAGUGUGUGAUUGGGCUGCAGAUGGGCACGAACAAGUGUGCCAGCCAGUCCGGCAUGACAGCCUAUGGCACCCGGAGGCACCUCUACGACCCCAAGAACCAGAUCCUGCCGCCCAUGGACCACUCCACCAUCAGCCUGCAGAUGGGCACCAACAAGUGUGCCAGCCAGGUGGGCAUGACAGCUCCCGGCACCAGGAGACACAUCUACGAUGCCAAGAUGGGGACGGAGAAGUGCGACAACUCCUCCAUGUCCCUGCAGAUGGGCUCCAACCAGGGCGCCAACCAGAGCGGGCAGGUCUUUGGCCUCGGCCGCCAGAUCUAUGACCCCAAGUACUGCCCACAGGGCAGCCAGGGCGAGGUGGCCAACGCUGCUGGUGACCUGGGCGGGGACCCCCCUGGGUACCACUACUACCGGGAGGAGGAGGAGAGCUACUGACGGCCCUGUCCGCACCAUCUCAUGUACAGCCACACUGCCAGACACAUUCCAGCCUCCACUUUCAUCAUUCCUUCUUUUUAAACUCUUUUUUAACUUUGGAAAUUAAUCUAUUUUUCUGAGCAAGGAAAUAAAGACCCUGUUUCUAGAGAGGAGCCUGGCCAGUUCCCAUGGGAGCCCCGAGGCCACAGGGCAGAGGGAAGGUGGCGGAUGCUCCAGCACCGGGGAGUGGACACUGUCACCUCUCACACACCCAGCUCCCACCAUGUGCCCCUGCAACACCCCUGGAUCCCUCAGCAAGGAGUGGGGGGCAGCUGCCUGUGCUGCACCCAGUGCUGCUGCUCAUCGCUGUGCUGGCAGGACCUGGCUCAGCCCCAUGGAGGAGAGGGCUGGGCUCAGCAAGACAUGGUGUGGGGGGAGCCCAGGGCACUGCAGGGCCUUGGGAUUGUGAGAGUGUGAGUCAGUGAACGUGUGCACUCGUGUUUGCAGCCUCAUGUGAUCUCUAGAUGCUGGAAAUGCCUUUUUUGCAGAAGUCAGAGGGACCAAGAUUCUGAGACCACGGUGUUGGCUGCAGGGCAGGGCCAGGAGCUGGCACACCUGGCACACCUGGCACUGCUGCACCUCUCCACAAUCCAAUCGCCCAGGCUGGAGCCAGGGCUGACUCCGACGCCGCAUCCUGCACCGCCGCAGUGCCCGAGCGCAGCCGGUGCCCCUUGACUUUCCCCUCCCUUGUGGUUUUUAAUGGAGAUGCU